AUGUACGCUGAUGAUACGACCUUGACUAGUAUAGGCGAAACAGUUGACCAAGUGAUCCUCAAACUAAAUGAGACAUUAGGCCUUGUGAGUGAAUGGUGUUACAAAAACGGAAUGACGGUUCAUCCAGCCAAAUCAGAAGCCAUGCACAUUAAACGCGGAACGUGGAAGUGGGUAAAGAAGUCAAAAUCUCUAGGAGUGACAUUGGACAAUAAGCCGAAAUGGAAAGGGCACACAGAAAAUGUCAAACUUGCAUUC